UAACCAGGCCCUGCCACAUCGUUCUGAACUGGACACUGACAGAGGCAGAGCUGGGCAGAUUCUGCCUAAAGAACGAGGAAUCGAAGCUGAUCAGGAGCAAACAUGGCUUUGCCUGUAGACCCGAUGGAGGAGCCACGACUGUACCAGCAGACGCUGCUGCAGGACGGCCUGUACGACCUGCUGGAAAACGACACCAUGGUGGACUGCGUGCUGAAGAUCAAGGAUAAGGAAUUCCCCUGCCAUCGCCUGGUGCUGGCCGCCUGCAGCUCCUACUUCCGGGCGUUCUUCAAGUCCGGCGCAGAGGCGAGCAAGCAGCGAGAGAUCGUCCUGGAAGACGUGGAACCCGGGGUGAUGGGUAUGAUCCUGAAGUACCUCUACACGUCCAGCAUUAACGUGACCGAGCAGAACGUGCAGGACAUCUUUGCUCUCGCAAAUAUGCUCCAGAUUCCGUCCAUCUUCACAGUCUGUGUGUCGUUCCUGCAGAAGCGCCUGAGUCUGAGCAACUGCUUGGCCAUCUUCCGUCUCGGGUUGAUGCUCGAUUGCCCUCGGCUGGCCGUCUCGGCGCGGAACUUUGCCUGCGAACGUUUUCAGCUCAUCAGCCGCGAUCAGGACCUUCUCCAGUUGGGUCCAAGCGAGCUGGCGGCCAUCCUGGCUUCGGACACUCUGAACGUGGAGACGGAACAAGCUGUCUUUGAGGCCGUGAUCAAGUGGAUAGGUCACGACGAGGACCAGCGUCUUCAGGAGCUGCCUGCGCUUCUCGACUGCGUCCGCUUGCGUCUCGUCCCAGAGGAUUACUUCGUCCAGCAGGUAGAGAAGCACGAUUGGCUGAGAUCUGAUCCAGAGAUCGCCAAGAAGCUUCAGCUGGUCAAAGACGCUCGAGCUGGGAAGCUUGCAGAAGUCAAGAAAAGUUCCACAAGUAAGAAAAAGACAGAGAAUGGCGGCGUUGAGGGAAAUGAUAAUAAAGAGGAGGAUGAAGAUCAGGAGGAGCUGCUUCCAGGCAUUCUGAAUGAUAACCUGAGGUUUGGUAUGUUCCUCAGAGACUUGAUAUUUAUGAUAAGUGAAACUGGAGCGGUGGCCUAUGACCCCACAGGAAAUGACUGUUAUGUGGCAGCAAUUUCCAGCCAGAUUCCCAAAAAUCACUGCAGCCUGGUGACCAAGGAGAAUCAGAUUUUUGUGGUUGGAGGACUUUUCUUUGAUGAGCGAAGCAAAGAUGAGCGGCUAUACUCAUACUUCUUACAGUAUGACUCUGCAAGUUCAGACUGGCUGGGCAUGCCCCCCAUGCCCUCGCCACGCUUCCUGUUCGGCAUGGGUGAAUCAGAAAACUUCAUUUUUGUGAUUGGUGGCAAAGAGCUGAAGGAAGGAGAGCAAACUCUGGAUUCGGUUCUGGUUUAUGACAGACAAGCUUGUAAGUGGGAAGAAUCAGCUCCACUUCCUUAUGCAGUGUAUGGACAUGGAACCGUGUCUCACAAUGGAAUCGUGUAUGUAAUCGGAGGAAAAGGAGACGACAAGCAGUGUGUAAAUAGAGUCUGUGCUUACGACACGAUGAAGGGUGAGUGGAAGGACCUGGCACCCAUGCAGACAGCCCGCUCACUGUUCGGUGUCACCGUUUACAAGGAGAAGAUCUACAUUGCUGCUGGAGUCACAGAAACUGGCCUCACCGGCAGCAUGGAAGUCUACGACAUCAAAACCAACAAGUGGUCUGAGUUCGUGGAGUUUCCUCAGGAGAGAAGUUCCCUCAGUCUGAUCACAGUAGGAAACGGCCUCUAUGCUGUAGGUGGAUUUGCAAUGAUUUCUGGUAAAGAUGAUGAAGAUGAGCUCACACCUCAGGAGAUGAACGAUAUUUGGAGGUAUGAUGAAGGCGAGAGGAAAUGGAGCGGCAUCCUGAGAGAGAUUCGCUACACUGCCGGGGCCACGGUGCUGGGUGUUCGACUCAACGCCCUGAGACUCACUAAAAUGUGACCACACCCUGAAACACACUGAACUCUUUUUCACCUUUUUUCUAUUAAAGAACGGCAGUUUUACCAUAGUGAAGAGUGUUUUCUUUUAUAAAAUAAAUUAAUAAAUAAGUAAAUAAAUAUU